GUUCAUCAUGGGACAUACAGAAGUUAGAUGGGACUCUAGUGGUGCACUCCUCGGAAUUUUCUUUGGAGUCUCCACCCUUUUAACAGUAUUGUUUAUGAACAAAGUGCAGGGAAAGGCCUAUAGGAUCCAGGAUUACCUUGCUUCAAGGAAAUGGCAUAUGAUACAGAAUGAAGAUACGAUAGCGAAGAUUAACAAGUUCCUCGUUUGCAUCUGCUGGACCUUCUUUACAAUCCCUAUUGUGACCCUUAUAUUUUGGGGGGCAGGACUCGUCGCUAGAUACGAUGAGGCAAAGCAAAAUGUUACAGGAGGAAUAGCCGUUUUAUUGGUCGGCUUCUCCUUGUUAUUCUUCCUUUAUGGAUCAUUUAAAAUUAAGUGGAAUAGAUUUAGGAUGUCUUUAUGGGCAGGAAUUUCACUGAUUAUAUUCAUAUUGUUCUUGACAGCUUACCAGAUCUCUAUUGUGUUCCUUGAGGAUGACGACAGCUUCUUCGGCUUGAGUGCAAUCUUCCUCACUGCGAAUGCAAUCUUAAUGAUAGUGAUUGUGUUCAUGAACACCUCUCGUACCGGGACUUCAAUGGCUGAGAUUAUUAAGAAACUUCCUAUUGGUGAGGAGAAAGACAUCAAGCGUAACACAACCUACUCUGACGAAAUCACUGAGGCUUAUAAGGACGAUGAUUAUAUACCAACUCAGAACGAAAUCUUUGAAAUGUUCACUAUCAAUAGAGCAAGCAAGAAGAGAAGAUAUCUUGGUGUAAUUGAGGGAGGACUUAUCAACGUUUUUACCAAGAUGAACCCUAGAACAAAGUUUUUUGUGAGCUGCUUCUUGUAUCUCCUUGCUUUGAUCACAAUAGGUGUCUACGCAUUAAUAGAUUACUUAGUAAGAGAUGACUCUAAAUUAGGGGUGAUUACAGCUGUAGCAGUUGUAGCUACUGACCUAAUCAUCUACCUCUACGCUCAGUCAAUGAUUUGCACUUCUCCAGCUGAGAUCUCACUGCAUUUGACUCUGUUCAGGAUUUGUCUGUUCGUACUAGGAGGAAGUUAUUGGAUUUAUGGAUACAGUCUCUUGUACGCUUACUUUGGAAUCUACUUGGUCUACAACAUCGCUCUUAUCAGAUUCCCAUUCAUGGAAGAAAUCAUUGAACAAGAGGUUGAAGAUAUGAAAGACGAUGACCAAAAAGUUAACAUGCUUGAUAUUGCCACAACUCCAGAGUUCUUGUUCCUCCUGUGCACAGUCUUAUUUGGAAUCUUGCUGUCUGUUAUGGAAGCUAUCAAACCUGAUGGUGUUCCUCUUAGGAGCAGAAAAGUUGAUGGUGAAAGAUUCCAGUUCUGGGUCUUCGGAGUGUUCGCAUUGCUACUUGUUUUUGUCGUAUUCUUCUUCAUUCUAGUAUACAGAAUCUUCAAGAGAAAGAGGAAUGGAGUUGACAGCAAAGUCUACUUCUAUGUACACUUUAAGAAGAUUGAUCUAUUCUGGUUCUUCUUAUUCGUCCUCUAUUUAUUGCUAUCUAUUGUAUCUGUCUUACUUUACUGGAUCAGCGACGACCAUAGAUACCUCAUAGUUGGACUCCUUGCUCCCCUAUCAGUAGGACUCUUAGUAAAUGCUUACUUAAAAUUCGCUCUGAACGAUUUUAACUAUUUCCAAGACAUCACUGGGCUCAAUAAGAUGAUUUGAAAGCAUAACCAGCGUAUCGAGGAAGUGCAGCUCAAGAUUGCUGAAUUCAAGAAGGACUUUGCCUCAAAGACAGGAAAGAAAUUUAACGCUGAAGACCUGAACGACGAGACCAUCCAAGAACUUGCUCGCCAAAAACUUGAAUAUAAGAAAGCUAAUGAAAGAGGAGACGAAAAUGCUGUGAGCAUUGACAGAGAUGAAGAAGAGGAAGAGAAGAAAGCUCCUAAGCCAAAAGAAGAAGAGAAAUUCAAUGAAGAUGAUUACGAAGAAGAUGAUGAAAUCGAGGAAGGAGGCUCAGAUGAUGAGGAAGAGAGAAAAAGAAUGUCCAAACCUCAAAAGUUUGAUUUGAAGCUGUUUGAAAAGAGCUUCAAGGUUGAAAGAAAUUUGUUCACUAAAGCUGUUGAUAUAAUAGUGAACAAUGAUAAAGAAGUUGAGUACGACUCAAAAUUCAAGGGAGCCUCUAAGGGUAACAGGAAAUUUAAGCUGAUUCCAAACUGGAAAGAGAAAAAUGGAGCCUUUGCUGCUUUCAUUACAGGAAAAUGUAGACCCAAUGACUACCAUGUAUACCUCUCCUUGAUGCUAGCCUACCUCAUUGUGAUUAUUAUGGGAGGUAUUAUCUGUGCUGACAGAGAAAGUACUGAAGGUAUAUCGUGGGCUUGUGGAUUCUUAGCCUUCUUUAUCUCAUUCUCAUGCCUUACUAGACCAUUCUCUUGCGAUACUGGUCUUAAGCCAUUUGAAAUUAUCGGAUAUGUUGGCUCAUUGCUACUAGUAAUUAUCUGGGGGCUUAUUGAUUUUGCAAUUAGAUUUGAUUUCGAUGCAGAUGAAGAUAAUGAAGGGAAUAAGUUCUUGAUUUGGUAUAUUCUAUUCAUUCCAUUCGUAAUUCUCUGCUCGACUUGUUUGUAUAAGUGGUACGACAAGAAAUGGUACUUUGACCAGUUUGUACAGAUUACCAUGCCACUUACUCUCAUUUGGGGAAUUAUUCUGAUUAUUUGCUGUUAUAUCUUCCUUGGGCCCAUCAGUGGAUCUAUCUUCUCAGGAAUCGUUGCUUCUAUUGUAUACGGUGGAUGCAUAGUUUACAUAUACUACAAGAAAGGAGGCUUCUUGCCGUUUGGAUGGUCCGUUUUUAACCUUUCCGUCCUUUCUCUUGUGGCUAUCUCGAUCUUUAUUGUAGCUCUUUCUGUUGACGACUUUGUGACAUUUGUAGGAUGGUCCAUCUCUUAUGGAAUCCUCACCUUGAUUAUAUUUGCAUUCGGAUUCUCAAGUCUUGCAAGAGAUCUUUGGCAUGCCGAGGAUGAGCCAAUUUACUUCUCUCCAUGGAUAUUCCCAGUUUUCAAGUAUAAUGAGAAGAAGAAUGAUGUAAUACUCAGAAAUGAACCAGUGUUUUAUGUAUUAGUGUCCAUGAUAUUAGCUCUGAUCUGGUCAUUCCAGUGCACAGUGUGGAUCACCCCAGUCACAGUCGGGAUCUCAGUAUCGUGCUUAGUAGAGGUCUUCUUUAUCAUAUUCGUUCUCUACUUGAUUUCAUUUACCUCUGUAAUGCUUGAAGAUAUAAGAAAAACUCUAGAUUUGUUGAUAAUUAAGAGAUCAUGGCUUGAGUCCAAGAGCGAUUACGUAGAAGCGAAGAACAUCAGUUCCCCAGAAUCUAUGAUUACCUUCGAAGAAGUUGGUGAUAAGAGAGACAUGAUUGUAAAUCACAUGAAGAGAAUGAAGAAAGACAAGAACUAUGCUUCUCAACAACAUGAAUUUGCAUGGAAUACUAAAAAUAUUGAUCUCUCCUCUCCACAUGCUUGUAGAAAGUAUCUUUAUGAAGUAGAAAUGGAGAAGACAAAUAUUUUCCUUGAUGAAAUAAGUCUUAUUGUCCAAUUUGAGCUCUUACUGAUCAUGCAUAGUCACAACCUUAUCCAGAGUGACAGAAAGGUAUUGUUCAAGUUCUUGGAAAUUAAGAAGCAUGCUUUGGCUGCUGCCAACAUCAACAUUGUGAUUCCCGCAAAGGGCAGGCCUAAAUAUAAACAUGCAAAGGUACUCACCCAGAUCAGUAGACUUUCUGCAGAAAAACAGGUGCUUUUCAAAAAGCUCAGAGAAGACUUCCAAGAAGAAGAAAGAGAAAAAGAAGCUGAUAUCCUGGAGAAGGAAAGAAUUGAAGAAGAGAAACAGAAGGAAAGACAAGAAAGACUUGCUAAGCUUACUGAAGAAAGGAGAAAACUUCUUGAGGAUUUGGACCCUAAUAUGCCAAUUGACGACAUGCCUGACUGCGAUACUAAAUAUGAGAAGAUCCUUGAGAGAUAUAAGAAGGAGAAGACUUUGUAUGAAGACAAACAAUUCCCACCGAAUGACCAAUCCCUUGGUGAGGGAUGUCUGAACAGAGGAGUGGCAAAGUGGGUCAGAGCUAGCGAAGUUGAAGGAACUGUUAUUUACAGAGACAAAAUUGACCCAAGAGAUGUUGUGCAAGGUGCUCUCGGUGACUGCUAUUUCCUCUCAGCAAUGUCAGUGCUCGGAGAGUCAAAUGUUAAAGAGACCAUUAAGUUCAUCGACAAUGAAGAUGAAAGCAAGGCAGGUGUCUACUGGGUCAGAUUCUACAAAUACGGAAAUGUAGAAGAUGUUAUUAUUGAUGACUUCUUCCCAGUCUUUGGAAAUGGAGAGUUUGCCUUUGCUAGAGGAGGUCCAGACGGUAAAGAACUCUGGCCAAUGAUUCUUGAAAAAGCCUAUGCCAAGCUCAACGGAAGUUACAACUACAUUGAAGCAGGUAAAGUUCAAUAUGCUUUGUCUGAUAUGACUGGAGGUGUCUCUGAGCAAAUAGAGUUGAGAUCUGUUGCUUCUAACAAGAACCAAUUUUGGAACAGGCUUAAGUCCUUCGUCGAGCAAGGAGCUCUUAUGGGAGCUGGUAGCCCAGAACAUGCACUUGGUGACAGCGCUAUUAGUGAGUUUGGAAUCGUUCAAGGUCAUGCCUAUGCUGUUCUUGGAAUCAAAGAAUUUGAUGAGUACAAAUUGGUAAAUCUGAGAAAUCCUCAUGGAAAUAAAGGAAUUGAAUGGAACGGAGACUGGUCAGAUGACUCUGAUAUGUGGACACAGAAAGCUAAAAAUAAAUGUAAAUUCUCAGAUGAAGCAGAUGGUAUUUUCUGGAUGGAUUUAGAUGACUUCCUUGAUAACUAUAGUUAUCUGUAUAUCUGUAGAAUUAUGAAGAACUGGAAUCAUCAAGAGUUUGAAGAUGAAUGGAAAGGAAAGUCUGCUGAGGGUCUUCCAAGUGCCAACAAUAGAAAUGCUAAAUUGCAGUUGAAUCCUCAAUAUGAAAUCAAACUCAGUUCUCCAGCACCUGUGUUCAUUCAGAUGACACAAUUCGAUAAGAUCAACAUGUUUAAAGGAAAACAAUUCAUUAUGUUCUUUGCUCAAAAUACUGGAGGAGGGAAGAUUUCAAGAAUGGAUAGAAAAGCUAUUCUCGGAAUGUCAGGAAAGCCAACCAACUUGAAUAUCAUUUCCAACGAGAUUGCCCUUACAAAUAGACUUAGUUUCCCUCUGACGAUCACUUUACUUGCUGCUAACACCAAGAAUGGCCCAGAAGGUGAAGGCAAGUUUGAGAUCAAGAUCUACUCAAUGUCAAAAUUCACAGCUAAAAAGUUGUAGAGCUGGCUAGAGUAAUUACUUAUUUUACACUCAAUGGUACA